GACCUGCUCUCAUUGGACAACAUCACGCUGAGAGCUCCGACUGGCUGAGCCGACUCUAGGCCCGGCCAAUCCGCUAGGUAGAAGGAGCUCGGCUGAUUCUCAGCUCACACAGGCGGGGAAAAAAGGGUGGCCUUCCUAGGCUGGAGCUCGGUCCUUGUCGGCGGCGGGCUAGCUGAGAUCAACCGGGGGACAUUUACGGACCGAAGGACUCUCAAGGCAGUCAGGGAGGAGAACUCCAGGCCGAGACACCCUUGUGAGCAAAGUCACGGGAAUUGUGGAAGAAGAUCUCCAGGGGAGCAUGAGUAAUGAGAAAAAUUAGUUGCCAGCACAACGAUAUUUUAUGCUAAAAUGGAUCAAGAAGUUGGUGAGCCCCUGAAAGACCUGGACACCCAGACACACUUGACAAAGGACGUUCUUGAAGCCAAGAAAUGCACAGUGAUCGGAGGCUCUGGAUUCCUUGGACAGCACAUGGUGGAGCAGCUGCUGGCAAGGGGCUACACUGUCAAUGUAUUCGAUAUCCGCCAAGGGUUUGAUAAUCCCCAGGUGCAGUUCUUUCUGGGCGACCUCUGCAACCAACAAGACCUGUACCCAGCUCUGAAAGGCGUAAACACAGUUUUCCACUGCGCUUCACCCCCACCAUCCAGUAACAACAAGGAACUCUUUUAUAGGGUGAAUUACCUUGGCACCAAGAAUGUCAUUGAAACUUGCAAAGAAGCUGGGGUUCAGAAACUCAUUUUAACCAGCAGUGCCAGUGUCGUCUUUGAGGGCAGUGACAUCAAGAAUGGAACGGAAGACCUCCCUUAUGCCAUGAAACCCAUUGACUACUACACAGAGACUAAGAUCUUACAAGAGAGAGCAGUCCUGAGUGCCAAUGAUCCUGAGAAGAAUUUCUUAACCACAGCCAUCCGCCCUCAUGGCAUUUUUGGACCCAGGGACCCACAGUUGGUCCCCAUCCUCAUUGAGGCAGCCAGGAAUGGCAAGAUGAAAUUUAUGAUUGGGAAUGGGAAGAACUUGGUGGACUUCACCUUCGUUGAGAACGUGGUCCAUGGACACAUCCUGGCUGCAGAACACCUCUCCAAAGAUGAAGCCCUUGGUGGGAAGGCCUUUCACAUUACCAAUGAUGAACCCAUCCCUUUCUGGAUGUUCCUGUCCCGCAUCCUGACAGGCCUCAAUUAUGAGGCCCCCAAGUACCACAUCCCCUACUGGGUGGCCUACUACCUGGCCCUCCUACUGUCCCUGCUGGUGAUGAUCGUCAGUCCUGUCAUCCAGCUGCAGCCCACAUUCACACCAAUGCGGGUCGCACUGGCUGGCACAUUCCACUACUACAGCUGUGAAAAAGCCAAAAAGGCCAUGGGCUAUCGGCCCCUGGUCACCAUGGACGACGCUGUGGAGAAGACUGUGCAGAGCUUCCACCACCUACGGAGAGUCAAGUGAGGGACCUGGGACCAGUAACUGUCUCCCCUGUGGGCCAAUGAACUAACAGCUUUCAAAUUAGCUUUUCUGAGUGUAUGACUCUUCCUGAUGGUUAGAUGAAAGCACACCUGCCCCUUGUAUGACUUUGAGGGUGGCAAAAACAACAGAUAUUCCUUCCUUCAUAGGACUGGACUUACAUUUCUUAAGCAGGCAGCUUCAUAUUCUACUGUUUUGUUCUCGCUCUCUGUUUCUCUCCUGAAUUUCCUAUCACAGAGAACACCUUGGAAGUCACCCAUUUCAUUCCAGUGUCAUUUUACAUAGUCAAGGCAGUUAAAAGGAAUAAAGAACCCAUCUACUGA